CCGCGGGAGCGCGUUGUCCGGCUGGCGCCCUCGGAGCGGCGCGCGGCACCUUGGGGUCUCGGGGCCCGCCGCUCACAGACAAUCGGACCCUUGGAUAAACAUGGUGUGCUCCCCGGGAGAGGGGAGCGGGGCCACGUCCGCGGGCGGACCCGGCGAGGAACCCGGAGCCCCCACCGUGCGGGGGAGAAGGCGGGGACGGUCAGGCCGCGCGGGCUCUUUAAGACCGUGUUCGUGCUAACGCCGAUGGGCUGCUGGAGAGGGCGGUGAGACUAAGCAAGGACGAGUUCCAAAGGGAGGAGAGUCCCCCACCUGGUUUCAGCGCCCACGCGGCUGGUCCUUCAUGAUCCCGAUGCAGAGGCCUCCAUGGCUGUGAUAAGCCUUCUGUUCUUGGCAGUGAUGUAUGUUGUGCACCACCCCUUGAUGGUCAGUGACCGGAUGGACCUGGACACACUAGCCAGAAGUCGGCAGCUGGAGAAGCGGAUGAGCGAGGAGAUGCGCCAGUUAGAACUAGAGUUUGAAGAGAGGAAGCGAGCAGCUGAGGAGAAGCAGAAGGCAGAGAACUUCUGGAGAGGAGACACAUCCAGUGACCAGUUAGUGCUGGGGCAGAAAGACAGGGGGUGGCCGUUCCAGGCGGAUGGCCAGGAGGGGCCGCUGGGCUGGAUGCUGGGAAACCUGUGGAACGCUGGCCUCUUUUGCUUUUUUCUCAUCUUUGAGCUCCUGCGACAGAACAUGCAGCACGAGCCGGCCUUUGAUUCCAGCAGCGAUGAGGAGGCGGAGGAGGUCCGUGUCGUGCCUGUCACCUCCUACAACUGGCUUACCGACUUCCCCACGACGGAGGUCCUGGAAUCCUUUCACAAACAACACAUCCAGAACGUCACCCGGGACCUGCCCUGCACCUGUGAGUUCGUGGAGAGCUUUGUGGACGACCUCAUCAAGGCCUGUCAGGUGCUCAGCCGCCAGGAGGCUCACCCACAGUUGGAGGACUGCCUGGGCAUCGGGGCUGCCUUUGAGAAAUGGGGAACCCUCCACGAGACCCAGAAAUUUGACAUCCUGGUGCCCAUUGUUCCCCCCCAGGGCACUAUGUUUGUGCUGGAGAUGAGGGAUCUGGCCCUAGGCCGCCGCUGUGGCUGUGUGCUGGUCGAGUCGGAAUGCGUGUGCAAGCGCGAGAAGCUUCUGGGGGACGUGUUGUGCCUGGUGCACCACCACAGGGACCACUCAGCCCUCCUGGGCAAGUGUAACAGCUCCAUCAAGGCGGCUCUCUGCACCGGCUCCUACCUGGAUGUGUGUAAGACCGUGCAGUGGUUCCGGAACAUGGUGGGCAAUGCCUGGGCCCUCGUGGCCCAUAAGUAUGACUUCAAGCUCAGCCUGCCGCCGUCCACCACCUCCUGCAAACUCAGGCUGGACUACCGCUCAGGCCGCUUUCUCUCAAUCCGCCUGGUCCUGGGUGUGCAACGGGAAGACACCUUGGUCUACCUGGUGAGUCAGGCCCCUGACCAGGAACAGCUCACCAGCGUGGACUGGCCCGAGUCCUUUGCAGCCUGUGAGCACUUGUUCCUAAAGCUGGUCGGGCGUUUUGCUCCCGAGAACACCUGUCACCUCAAGUGCCUCCAGAUCAUUUUGAGUCUCCGGGACCUUCAGAGUUUACCCCAGGGAGCAUCCUGCCCCAUCCUCACCUCUUACCACUUCAAAACAGCCCUCAUGCACCUGCUGCUGCAGCUGCCCCUAACAGACUGGCAGCAUGGCAUGCUCUCCCAGCGGCUCCAGGACAUCCUCUGGUUCUUGGGCCAAGGCCUCCAGAGAAGGUCUCUCCAUCAUUUCCUCAUUGGUAACACCUUCCUGCCCCUGACCAUCCCUGUCCCUAAGACAUUUCGGAAUGCUGAGCCCGUCAAUCUCUUCCAACACCUGGUGCUAAACCCCAUGGCACAUUCACAGGCAGUGGAAGAGUUCCACAACCUCCUGACCCAGGUGAAAGCUCUGCCCUGUGCCUCGCUGGCUGGGGCACAUUAAAUGUACAGGCCACUAAAAAGGGGGAGAAAGUAUUUCUGAUUCUCAGGCUGCAAAAGAGUUUAUUUUUCAGACACAUCAGCAGAUACGUGAUCUUCGCCUUGCCAGGGGGGACUAUGAUAGAUUAAGGCACUUAGGAGUACAUGAAGUGGUCAUGAGGAGGGGUCCAGUCUGCAGGGCCUAAUCAAGGCUGGGUCUUUGAAGUUUUCUUCUGACUUAACUUUCAUCAUGACCCAAAGAGGGCCCAGGGUAACAGCUGUGAUGGGAGGAUCUUGCUGCUAAAGAGUGGAGAUCCAGAAGAGGCUUGUGAAGUUGGGUUUUGUAGCAACACUGGAAGUCAGAGAACCAGAGAAUACUUCCAUUCCAGCUUAUUCCUUCUUUUGUGAACGACUCCGAGCACGUCCCUUGUAAACUGGUUUCCUUAUUGAACUCAGCCCAACUCAUGCCCAAGCUGAUAGCACUCCAUUUUAUCCCAAAUACUGUGAUGGUAGCUUCUCGUAUUUUAGGAUCGAAUUUUUCAGAUUGAAGGUAUAACCAAGAUGUUUAUUUGCCAUUUUCUUAAUUUAGCCCUAUUUUCAUAUGAUAUGUGCAAUAUAAUACAGCUGUUUUAUGCAUCUGAAAAGAACUCAAUACUACCCAAAUAACUUGACUCACAGACAAAUAUUAAGUCAACAGUGGCCUGUCCCAUAGUUGAAAUAAUGUAUUUACUAAAAUUAAUUACAUCGUCAACAUCUGAUGACCUCCUCAGUGCCUGGAAACAUUAUAAAACCCUUAAGGAGGACAGUCUUUUGGGGGGCUCUGAGAUGAACAAUUACGGUUUCUGAGGGGAGCCGCUUAUUUGUUAAGUGGAAAGAAGGUUUAGCUACCACGUGUAGCUGUGCUUUUUCUCAGUCUGGUAAUGCCUUUGUAUUCUCUUUUCAAAGAAGACAAAGGGAUUAUUUGAACUACGUCUGUGGGUUUGCAAAGCGGGGUCAUCACAAUCCAGGCCCACUGCCAGGGCUGGACAGGAAGGGACUGUGAAGCAGUUCAGCUCUAACAAAGUCAUAAUUCUGGAGAUAUGAUUGGUAUAUUUCCCCCUCUUUCAAAACCUUGGGCAUCCUGGGGAGGAGUGUUAAAAAAUGUGACUCUAGUUGUGGGUGUGGUUGUUUUGGAAAUACCAGUGCUGUUCCUACCCAGCACUGCCAGGAAGAUCUUCGGGGGAGGAGAACCUUGCCCCACAUUUAAUGUGACCUCAUUGGGGGUUUAGGUGCUGGCCUCGUAGCCUUUGGUUAUAGAAUCCCCCCAGCAAAAAUAAAUUACAAGUGUCCCAGAAGCUGAUGCCAGCCAAUAUUUGGGGCUCCCACUGCUGCACAAGAGCCGCUGUGUUCUCGUGUUGUCUGCUGAUAUCUGCCAGGUGCAGCUUUCAAGUGCAGAUGCAGUGAUGGUUGGUUCUAUGCUGGUGGGAUUUUGGUGUUUUAAAAACAUCCACAUGUUUUUUGGGAUUUCCCUGGUGGUGCAGUGGUUGAGAAUCUGUCUGCCAAUGCAGAGGACAUGGGUUCGAGCCCUGCUCUGGGAAGAUCCCACAUGCCGCGGAGCAACUAAGCCCGUGUGCCACAACUACUGAGCCUGCACUCUAGAGCCCGCGAGCCACAACUACUGAGCCCGCGUGCCACAACUACUGAAGCCCGCGCGCCUAGAGCCCGUGCUCCGCAACGAGAAGCCACUGCAGUGAGAAGCCCGCGCACCACAACAAAGAGUAGCCCCCCCUCACCGCAACUAGAGAAAGCCCACGUGCAGCAACAAAGACCCAACGCAGCCAAAAAUAUAUUAAUUAAUUUUUAAAAAUACAUAUGCUUUUUGUUUAGAAAAUAA